GCGUCUCGUGGGAGUGUGCACCAGGUGCCGGGUUAACCCCUGCGGCUUAGAUGUCUUUAGGCGACGCGUUACCCUGUCGCGCCGUAACCAGAAGGUGGUAACCAAUCGGUUCGUAAGGUCGGGCUGGGAUCGGCUAAGAAAUUCGAAGGCGGCGGAACGAAGACAGAGGGACCGUCUAGACGGACGAGAGUGUGUUGUCUACGUGACCGGGGAAAGUCAUUCUUCUUUGGAGUAUUCCGCGCGCGGUGAUCCGCGACGCGCCGUGGAUAAUCGGGAACGUUUGCGCAAAGGUAAUACUCGAGGUAAUUCUACGGCUCGUUUCGUGGUCCUUCGAAUUAUACGCAGGAGACAAAUUGAUAUUUAUUCAAUAUUGCAAGCAAUAUUCUUGAGAUUUCUUAGAUUAAUGUCAUCGCGCUUGAAAUUCCGAGCGUGGUGGAAACAGAAUUUUUCCUGCGGGAUGCAAUUUCGAGGUAUACAGUCGCGUACUUUCGCGAUUGCUCGACAAAGGCGCUUUCUGGAAGUAGAUGAGAGAAAGAAGUUCGGAACACGUUCGCGCCAGGAUAAAUUUUUCAGGGAACACCGCGCGUCAUGAAUUAUCCGCAGAGUCAUCGUUUCGAGGUUCAAAGCCUCGCGCAAUAAAACAGCGCAUCCUCGCCGAUGAAUUCUUCAGUGAAAUUCCAUUUCCGCGGCCGUUAAGUCUUCACGGCGCGCUCCCACGUGACCCUUAAAAACGACGAAUAAAGUGGCGCUUCUGAACAUUAAAAAAAACGAAUGCAACAAGGGCGAAAGGUAAAUGGCAACUGCUUGCGGCUACGUGAACCAAAUGAAAAGUACUGCGUAACGGUUAAUAAUCGUGACGGCUUGUUUACGACGCCGCGCCGCGCCGCGCCGACUCGCCGACACUUGCCGACUGUUUCCCUUCGACGAUUCGCGUCGCCUCAAUAAUUACAAUGGCGACGUUCAGACCCCUGAUCUUCUGACUUUGGUACAACGCUUUAUCAUCUAAUUCCCUUUAAUUCCAGAGUAAUACCGGUAAUGCAAUUUCGAAGCCGUGCAUCUUUCUCUCCCGGUACCCGUUUCCUGGAAUCUUGAAAGCGCGACAAGUGGACGCAUCUCGUUGUACAAGCGCGACAAAUAACGAAAUUUCCCGGCGCUUCCCGAGGAAAUAUACGGAAAAUUGAACGGUGCAACGCAGGAUUAUAUAUAAGAAAUAAUGUCAUCCGGUUUCGCUGCGGGGUUCCUUCCCGGGUGAAGGAGCCGCGCCCGUGUCGGCGGUAAGGUCGGACCGGGGGUUCUUCCGCGCGCGUGCGGAAAGGGUUGGCCGGCGCCGGGGGAUGUAUCCCCGGCCGACGCGGGGUGCACCGUGCAGUACGGUCGCGCGGGCGAAUUCGGCAUUCGACGGCCCCGCAAUGCUUUCACCUGCAUUUUCCACCUGUCCUCCCGGGGCGUCGCUCUUCUUGGCUCCACCUACAGCCCUCCUAGCAACCCUCCGACGCGCUCGUCCAACGACGUCACGGGCUUUAGCAAACUCCUAUUGGCCGCGUCGUAUCGACGCGACCGCAAACCCGCUGUUGCCGACACCGCCACCGCCACCCUGUUGUAUUUUAUUAUUUUACUUAUCUACUCUACGACGACGACGACGACGACGACGGUUGCGGUGGCCGAUGCAUGCGCUCCUUUUCUGUACUCUCUUUUUGCGACAUCCCGACGACGUUGCACGCGAGAACCCGGCCAGAAGGGAGGUCGCCUCGCUCGUAUCUCCGCUAUGUAGUCCCGAUCAUCUUUCUUUUAUUCCGCGUCACGACUGCUUCCACUGUUGAGAGAACAGCGAGGGAAUCGUCUCUUCUCUUCGUCCCGGCCUGGCUCGUGACCUCGCCCGGCUAGCCUUGAGCCUCAAGAAUCUCUCGCGGAUCGUCGAAAACGCGCGGAGCUACCGCGAGAUCUCGGCAGGAUCGAUAGCUUCUGUUCCAAUUUCUUGGUUCCUGAGGUUGCUCGAUGCGAGGUCGAACUGGAGUUGUAAUCCCCCUCCCCUCCCUCUUCUCGCGAUUCUCUUCGUUCGUGCGGUAAACACAACAAUUUAAAAUGUUCAGCAAAAAUCCCUAACGAAACUCUCUCAGGUAAUUCUCUUAAGGGUAGACAGAGAGAACACACGUAGAUUCGAUCCGCAAGGGGCGCUCCUUUGAAAUCAAAAAUUCAUCAACCUGCGAGAAAUUCCUGCCACAUCGGGGUCAUUCACUCGCAAUGACAACGGGAGACACGAGUAAACUGAGAGUAUAUAACUCAUCUUUAGAAGCCGCGCAGGGCCGACGUCGUCGACGCGGCGAUCAAAGGUCAAGUAGCCUUCGUCUCCAUCCAUAGGCCACGGCGUAUUCCACGUAGAAGAUCGGGAUACGAAGGCACGUACAUCCGUAUUUCGUCGAGGAAAUGCUCAGGCUCUUCUUCCCUCCUCGCCCUUACCGCCCGAGUUUGGGGGCAGAAGGAAAGCGGGGGUAGGCCGAGAUCGAAGGAAGGAAGGUAUGGGGAGAUUAAGGGGCCUGAAAGACAGCGGGGGCGGAGAGGCGAUAGAGGAGGAAGAAGAAGAAGAAGAAGAAGAACAAGUUCGCCGGUGGGUUGGCGGCGGCAGACAGGAUUUCGCCGCGGGUCUCAGUUUUGCAUGUAAUCUGCAACUACGUGUGCAAUCGCGAACGAGCGUCACGACGGAAAAAAAGCGAGGAUAAAACUCUUAACGUCGGACUACGACGUUGUCAGAAACUGAUAAGGACUGCCACCUCGUCAUCGCUAGCAAAGUUGGAAGAUCUCGAGCUGAAGCAUCAAAAAGGCAGCUUCUUUUAAUCCUAAACAUUAUCUUAUAUUAAUUAUUAGAAUGUAUCAAUAUUAUGUUCGUAAAAAUUAUUCUC